AUGGGCGUUCGGGGUGUGGAGAACCUUCCUGCUGCGGCAAGCCACACGACUUUCCUACAGUUCCCCAAGAACCCUGCCAAGACCUCCCUCAACCAAAGCAGGUGCACCAGCGACCACACCGACACAAAAACGCACAUCUACCCCAAACGUGUCUUACUGGAAGGGUUGGAGAUCGAGAUAUUCAAACUGGUCUCCUACAGCGCUACACCAGAGCAGUGGAAGGAGUGGCUUCAGGUGCCGCUGGAGCGUGCUGCCGCCCUAGGCAACCGUGACCUCUUCUACAAGCUGCUCGAGGCCGGGGCUUACGGGAGUGCUGGAUGGAGGGGCUGCCGCGACCGUUCUUUGAUUGAUGCGGCCGCUGUGGGUGGGAACGUGGAUGUUGUAUCUGGUUUUCUUGAAGCGGGAGCUGAGCCGGACGUGCAGGUGGUGUCUUGGUCGUCGAAGACGUCGGCUCUGUGCACGCCGGUCAGGUUCGGUCACGAGGAUGUUGCCAGACGUUUGGUCACAGCAGGAGCGGACGUGAACUUUGUGGACCCUAUGCGCAAGAGUCCAGCCUUCGCCCAAGCUACCCGGGCUGGGUAUGAGCAGUUGGUUGGCGACAUAUAA